AUGACGACAGGCGGCAUCCUAUGGUUUCCGGAUCUGUCAGCGCCCGACCCAUAUGGUCUGCUCCCUAUGGCAAUGGCGGGCCUGCUCUGUUACACCUGGAUCCCCAAGACUGCGGCUGGGCGAGCUGCCAUGUUCAACCUUUCUAACAAGGAGUCGUCCUCUCUUGAAACGUCAGGUUGGAGGUGGCGACUGCGAAGAUCAGCCUUUGUCGCUUCACUUCUGUUGCCAAUGGCGGCGAUGAACCUCCCAUCUGGCAUGUUUGUCUACUGGGUAUCGUCAGCGACCUUUGGCCACAUCAAUGCGGCACUUGUCGAGCGUUACAUGCCACUGGAUAAACACCAGGCCCCAGCACAGCAGAAGGAAGUCCCGCCGAAGGUGUAG